GACGCCCCAGCCCGAGCCGAGUGCAGUGGCAUCCGAGCGGGAACCGGAGCCGGAGCGGGAGCAGGAGCCAGGGACAGAGCGGGAACCGGAGCUGGAGCCGAAGCUGGAGCCGGCACUGCGGCGCACGGAGCGGAGCGCGGCAGCCAAGCCGAGUGAGUGAAGGGGCCUUCCCUGUGAGAAGUCAGAGCUGUGCCCACGGGCAGGCUGGCUCCGCUGUUCUGCUCCAAGGAUUACAUGUCCUUCAAACGUCCCUGCCCCUUAGCACGAUACAACCGUACCAACUACUUCUACCCGACAUUCUCCGAGAGCUCAGAGCACAGUCAUCUGCUCGUGUCUCCUGUGUUGGUGGCAAGUGCCGUCAUAGGUGUGGUCAUCAUCCUCUCCUGCAUCACCAUCAUUGUGGGUAGCAUCCGCAGGGACAGACGGGCCCGGCUCCAGCGGCACCAGCACCGCCACCGCCACCGCCACCACCACCACCACCGGCGGCGGCACCGACACCGAGAGUACGAACACGGCUACGUGUCCGACGGACACACGUCCAGCCGCUCAAGCCACAGGAUGCGCUAUGCCUGUAGCACCACAGAGGACUGGCCCCCACCCUUGGACAUCAGCUCUGAUGGGGAGAUGGAUGCCACGGUGCUCCGAGAACUAUACCCAGAUUCUCCACCAGGNNNNGAGGAGUGCAUGGGGCCAGGGGCCACUCAGCUGUAUGUCCCCACGGAUGCACCGCCACCCUACUCGCUGACAGACUCCUGCCCUACACUGGGUGGCACCCCAGACUCGGGAAGUGGCCACAGCCUCCACGAACACCAGCAGGAGCAAAGGACACCUGGCCAGCGUGGCGUCCGCACCGUCUCCAUGGACACCCUGCCCCCUUAUGAGGCUGUGUGUGGCGCUGGCCCGCCAUCAGGCCUGCUGCCACUGCCCGGACCAGGACCAGGCCCGAGGGGCUCACAGGGUUCACCUGCCCCAACCCGGGCCCCUGCCUCUGGCCCAGAGAGGAUUAUGUGA